CUCUACAGUCCAGUCCUAUGUCCCGAGACCCGUACUCCGUACUCACACCGUUCAUCCAUCAACAACCCAGCUCUUCAGGCGAGCUGAAGCUCGAAUUUGUUUGUUGCGUUGAUUGUUGACCGCUACACCCGCCAGGAUUUGCGUCUCGUUAGGUACAGCAGUAGGCGGCGCCUGUCUCGUCUCAUCCUCUGGAUAUAUCAACCUCUGGAUAUCAACAACAACCAAGACAAUGAGCGGACGUUUGAUUAUAUUGCCAAAGAAAAGCUGGCAUCCCGGAAAACGGGAGAAUAUCGAGAAAGUCCUUCGAGAUGAGAGGCUGGCUGCCGAGGAGGCAGCAGCGGCUCGGGAGAGGGCGAGGGAAAUUACCCAGGAAGGAAUUGUGGAAACCCUGACAAAGAAAAGGUCGGCUUCCGAGACAAUCGAAGGCGAGGCAAACGCGGCCUCAGGGACGCCGGCCAGCCGGAGGCGACGAGGUCAAGACAAGCGACGAAGUCAAGACAGGGACGAGGAAGCUCUCGGAGGAAAGGGGCAAGGCUGGGGAGCUACGCUCCAGCAUGUUAACUUGUUCAGUGACGCCGAACGAGAGGCGGGAAAGAUCCUUGGGCAGAACAGUGACCAUCAGCGCGAAAAAAAAGAGCAGGAACUGCAAAGACAACAGCGCUCGGGGCUAGCUCCCACCGCUCUUGGUGAAGGAUCGGCUGAGCUGAAAGAUAAGGAGUCCCAACCUUGGUACACCCAACUACAACCACAGUCGACCGCGUGCGUGUCGAAGGUAGCGGCACGCACGGUUCGGCUGGGAAGAGAGGUGACGGGACAAGAGGCGGAAGAGGCCAUCAAGAGAGAUCAGGGGCGAAAGGGCCAGGCAGAUCCCAUGGGCUCCUUGUUUCGAUCUGGGGCGCAACCGAUGCGAGGGAGUCUGCCUUUGGAAAGAAGGGGAACGUCUUACCAGCCGGAAGCGGCCACGGCAAACCUGCCUGGCGCUGCCGGGUUGUGUGUGGAUGAAGCCACUUCACACAGCAACAGAGGAAAACACGCCGGGAAGGCCAAGAAAGUCAAGAAGGACAAGAAGGGCAAGAGGGACAAGAAGAAACACGCCAAAGAGAAAAGACAUUCCACAGAGACGCGGACACGCAGCGAUCGGGAUAGAUUCGCCAGGAGACACAGCGACAGUGCUGCCGGGUUAUCUGGAGGCCGCGCGGAUGAAGCGACGGAUGCUCAACGUGAACAAAAAUUGAAGGAUCUGCGUAGCCGACGCUUGGCGCGUGAAGGUGGUGAACGAGAGCGACAGAUUCGACUCUUAGCUGAACGGGAGAUGGCUGGCCAAUCCCUUCCGGACGAGCGAACGAGGGCCUACAACAACCAGUACAACGCUCCUGCUGCUCGGCAAAAUAGAAUUCGAUGAAAAAGAAGAAAGUUGCGAAAACAUGAGAAGAGCCGAAGACAAACAAGCUGUUAUCAGAUAUUGCAAUGAGUGUUCGCCUGUUCGCUGCACCUAAAUAGUCAGCACCUAUGUCAACGACGGGAGUCUGUAUCUCUCAGGAUUAUGGCUGGUGAGUGGCUACUCAAAAAGCGUAAGUUUGCAUGAGUCUGUCCAACGU